AUGUCGCCGACACGAGCUGCAGGUUUAGUUAUAUACAGAUACUCUAAUGAGCUAAUACAGUUUCUUCUUUUACAAACCUCAUAUGGUAUACAUCAUUGGACCCCACCUAAAGGCCAUGUUGAUCCAGGCGAAUCUGACUGGGAGACAGCAUUACGAGAGACACAAGAAGAAGCUGGUUACAGAAAGGAUGAUUUAGAGAUUGAUCAAACCACAAAGAAAGUUCUCUCUUAUGAAGUAAAUGGAAAACCCAAAGAAGUGAUAUACUGGCUAGCAAAAUUAAUUGACCCAGAAGCACCAGUGAAACUUUCAGAUGAACAUCAGGAUUUCAAAUGGCUACCUUUACCACAAGCCCAAGACUUGUCAGGUUAUGAUGAUAUGAAACAGUUACUUUCUGAAUAUUAUGGACUAGCAUCUCGUAAAUUGAAGCAAUGA